ACACGGUGCAUUGCUACUAGUAACGCUACGUGCCUGCAGUAUUUAAACGUGGCCGUGUCGUAUUACCAAAACAUAAUAUAUACACUAUCAUAUUUAUGCGUAUCUAAUUUUAGUUUGGAUUGAAGUAUGACUUAUAUACAGAUAUCAAAGUAGCAGGUCGCAGGUUUGUCUAAAAGAUGGGGCGUUAUAUGUCUAUGUUUGGUGUUGGUCUACUUGCUAUUUUACUGUCCUUUAUAAUCUCAUGGAGAAAGGGCACAACGGUGGUUGACAAGAUACACGAUGAGUAUGAUUAUAUCAUAGUUGGUGCGGGUUCAGCAGGGUCAGUGCUCGCUUCAAGAUUAUCUGAAGAUUCUGAGCAUACAGUACUUCUUCUAGAGGCUGGUGGUGAUGAUAUGGGUGAUAUGUUUUUAUCUACUCCUUUUCUUUAUGCACUGUCUCAACACUCCAAACAUGACUGGGGAUUCUAUACUGUCAAACAGGACAAUUUCUUGUUAGGUUAUAAAGAAGAGAGAAACUACUGGCCAAGAGGAAAGGGUCUAGGGGGAACAAGCAAUUUGAACGCCAUGAUAUACGUGCGUGGCAGUAAGCACGACUUUGACGAAUGGGCAGCAGAGGGAUGUGACGGAUGGUCGUAUAAAAAUGUACUUCCAUACUUCUUAAAGUCAGAAAAUAUUCUCAUUGACGAUUUAAAAGAUUCACGGUAUCAUAGCUCAGGAGGACCGUUACCAGUUUCUGCUAACAAAAUGACAUCUUUGUCGGAUACAAUAUCUAAAGCAGGGGAAGAGAUAGGGUAUAAAAGUGUUGAUUGCAAUGGCGCAGAAAUGAUAGGUAUUUGUCCAAUCCAAGGUACUGUUACAGCCAACGGUCUUCGUGCAAGUACGUCAAGGAGUUUUCUGCGGCCAGUAAUUGACAGGAAGAAUCUACAUAUUUCUAUCCAUUCUCACGUCCAAAAGGUUUUUAUUGAAAACAAAAGAGCAACAGGUGUGUCUGUGAUAAAAGAUAACCGGACGCUGGCAGUGAAAGCACGGAAAGAGGUCAUAAUAUCAGCCGGUUCAGUGAUGUCCCCACAGAUUUUGAUGUUAUCAGGAAUAGGUCCAAAGGCUCAUUUAGAUGACGUUGGGAUCAGAGUAGUGGCCGACUUGCCAGUGGGGAAGAAUUUACAAGAUCACUUGUACGCUGGUAUUUCAUGUAAUACUAACACAACAGACCUUAUUACAACCUCAGCGGUAAUUGGUCCAUCCAGCCUUUUCAACUAUCUAUGGAAUGGCAAAGGCUGGCUUAGAAACACCGGAAUUCUUACUGAUUUGGCAUUUUUUCAACUUGACGAAGAAAUGAAAAGAACAAGACCAGGUCGACCUGAUAUCCAGCUACAUUUUCUUCCAGUAUUGGUAGAGAAUAGUGGCGAUGAAGUUAGAAAUAUUCUUCCGUAUAAAGACGAGGUGUGGGAUUAUUGGGAUCGAUUAAAAAUUGAAAAGGGGGGAAAGCUGGGAUUUGCUGUUAUUGUUAAUGAUCUACAUCCAAAGAGCCGAGGAAUAGUGAGACUUAACAAAACUAAUCCACUUGGUCACCCAGAAAUUAUAGCAAAUUACUUACAUCAUCCAGAUGAUCUGAAAAUGCUUAUAAAAGGUUUGAGGGAAACGCUUCGCUUACUAAAUACAAAAGCCAUGAAAGACAUAGGGGUGGAGACAGCUGAUCGGAGCCGUGCCUUUCCACAGUGUAGUCAAUUUGAAAUUCUUUCUGACAAUUACCUUGAAUGUGCUAUAAGGCUUUUAGCAACUACGGCUUAUCAUCCAACAUCAACUUGUAAAAUGGGUAAAGUUGACCAUCCUGAUACAGUUGUUGAUCCACAACUCAGGGUAAAAGGAAUACAAGGAUUGCGAGUGGCAGACGCCUCUGUGAUGCCAAGUGUUACUUCCGGUAACACGAACGCUCCAACCAUCAUGAUAGCUGAGAAAGCAGCCGACCUCAUAAGAGGCGUUGAUACCGUGAAGCAUUUCAAGAUGAAAUUAAACAACUUAUGAAGCGGAUGUUUAACUUUGAUAAUAUUGGAACAAUAUUAUAAGAGAAUGUCAAACUUUUCUGGAAAAAAUAAUUUUCUAGAAUACCUUUAUACCGUGAAAUCAUUUAAUUUCACAGGCAAGAAAUUUCAUGGUUUUGAUCAAAAGGACAUUUCUUUGUUAAUUUGUGAAUUUCAAAUUUUAAACAUAAAAUCAUUGAAAAUAUUACUUGUCGUUUGAAAUGUAAUUUUGUGACUGGGCUUAACCACAAAAUCGUCUUCAGUUAGUGCCGGCACGAAAUUUAAUGAUUUUACAGUAAAAAACAUUUAGAUAAUCAUUGUGAACGAUACCAUUCUCCGUUAUAGCUGCUGUUGUUUUGUCUAAGCAGUGCAGUUGAGAGAGGGGGUGGGGGUACUAUGGGCGGUGGUUAAUUCUUGAUUCAUAUGAGGUCUAACAGAGUUCCAUUUAGCCUUGCGUCCUGUCUGCUUAGUUAUUUUUUUAUUAUUUUUUUUGAAUACUGCAAACAUUUUGUAAUUAAAUUUUAAGCCUCUAAAAUAGCACAUUUUUAUCGGAUGGCUCCAUGUUCAGUGCCAGGGGCAAUAAAAUGUUACUGCAGAAACAACCUGCUGGAUUUACUUCCACUCUUAAUGAACUUAAGAUAUGAAAAAUAUGACAGUCAAACAUAGGGACGAGAGGCAGUCUAAGUUUUAGUUAGAUAUGAGGCAUUUACCAUUUAGGAUAACCUUCUGGUUCAGCAUAUCAGUACAAAUAGGUUUUUUAACACAGAUGAACCAAACAUGAUAGUUCUACGUUGGUAUAAUAUGUAGAUAUAAUCAUGUUAGCGGACUGGUCAUACCAGUAUUGAAUAAAUGCGUUUAUAUUUCCUUCUAGAUAGUUAAUUUUGGCUUGCUGGUGUUUCGUCGUAAUAUUUUGGCGUUCAGUUUUGUACUUAAUGUAACUUGAUAGUACAAUUAAUAUUUGUAAGUGUGCUUUUCCUUAAUAGCACAAUAAAUAUAUGUAUAAAUAUAUGCAUAAAUAUAUGUAUAAAUAUUUAAGUGCGAUAUUCAUGAAUUUGUGAAGGUCUGGAUAAUUAAUUUUGAUGCUGGCUUUGUUACUGCUUUUAUCACAAACGUUUUAUCUGUUGUUUCUUUUUUCCUGAGAUAAAUAAUAUUCUCUGAAAGGUUUAAUAUAAGUGGCUUUUAUACAACUAACACUUUUUUUUAAUUUCGGCUACCGAGGUGACCCAUUUAUUGUCCCCGUUAUAGAUGUGCGGGGGUCGGGGAUCCAUCCCCCAUCAUAUCUUACAAAAAGUAACAUGAUUGCUAUUACAACUAAAAUAUAAUCAUAUUAGCUAAUGAACUGUUGUAACAAAAUUCGUGGGGAUUUUUUUAUAAUAGGGACUAAUACCUUCUUAAUAUACAAUUUAAGUGAAUCUUUAUUUAACAAUUAAACUACACAAAAAGCAUUUACUUAAUCUGUUUAAUUAUGCACUUCAUAAAAAGAUUAUAUGCAUCAUAUUAGUUAAUUAGACAAAUUUUUUUAUUAGAUAAAAGAAAAAAAAAAAAAAAAUUAACUAACAUUUGUAAUGAUUAAAUUUUACACACUGUCUUCCGUUGUCUAGCGAUUUAAUUUAGGCAUUUUUGCGUAGGAUAAUAUUUCACUUAAAAUAUAAAGAGACAAAAUCUGCAUUUCGAAGAUAAAAAGGCCUUUAGUUGGAAACAAAAACGUUUACUUUCUAUGUGAUUGUAAAUAUUUUAUGUAAAACAAGAAACAACAGGUUUCGGGCGAAAAAGAGUGAAAAAUGAAAAACCUGGGUUGGUCUGGACACGUAGAGGGGGCAUCUUAUAUGUGAUACAAAAGAAACAUGUCAACAGUAAAAGCUUACAAGUAUAUACUUUCAUAUAUAUUCUUUAUCGUUUUAUAUUGUUUUGGAAGUUAUUUAACCUUGUGUUUCACUGAAAAAAACUUCAAUGUAAUACUCUAGAAAAAGAUUUUUGUAUUUUUCCCAUAGAGUUUCAAAUUUAGUCAUUUCAAAAUUUUUGAAAGCAAUAUAUCUUUCCGUUUUGUAGUAAGAGAUCAUUUUUCUUUUAAAUACAUCGAUUGAUGGUAUCUGACCUUGUAUUUUGUUAUAAUAUAAGAAGUGUUUGGCCUCCAACAGAAUAAUGUUAAUAGGUACAUCGAACUUUCUAUUACCGAACAAAAUAUCUGAAAGAUUCCAUUCUGCUAAAUUAAAAUCAAUGUUACAUUUAUUUCUUAUAUAAUUUAAUAGUUGGGUCCAAAAAAGCUUAGUUAUCUCACAGUUCCAGAAUAAAUGUAUUAUGGUUUCUUGGAAAUUGUUACAAAAAGUACAGCUAUCAUUACCAGUUAUAUUCAUUUUCUUUAAUAAAUAGUUUGUGGCCAAAAUUAUCUGGUUAUAUUUUAUACAACUAACAUAUAAUUGUUAACAAACAUACCAAAAUGUAGUCAUUUCAUUCUCUGCUUCCUCAGAACUGUCAGCAGCGAGACACGUUAUGAUACAUAGUCAUUGGAAUAUAACAGGGACCAAUUCUGCACCAGUCUUCCUAAUACUUUGUUGUCAUGUAACCUACAACGGUGGUUUAACUUGUCUACAAAUAAUUGCUAAUCGUACUACUGUACAGGAAUCCAAGGCAGAGGAUUUUAAUUAAGCGCAUUAUUGUAUAUAACAGUAAUUACAAAAAAUAUAGAUAUUGAAAAAUAUUACCUCGAACUCACGGACUCUUGGUUGUUAAGUCAUGGAAUGAAUUAACUUAGAUAUUUCCGGAAUUCAGAGUACAUCCUUGUGUUAUAUAAUUAUCCAUGAACUGUAAGUACAAUUACAGAAAUUACAAAUUUAGAAAUCAAGUACUUGUUGACUGCUCUGCACGAGCUUUUAAUUGACAAUAUUCAAAUGUAAACAAAUUUGACAUUAUGUGAAAUAAUAGUUUCUUGUUUAACUAAGGACUAAUAAUUUCCAUAAAUGCAACUUGAUUUGGUAUUGAAUUAAUGUGAAAUAAAUCAUGCAGAUAUAUUACCGACAACUAAUGAUUUCAAGCUCAACUUAGCUUGUUUUAUGCACUGCUUAUUAUGCGUUCUGAACAUGGUUUAUGAUGUGGAAGUACAACCGAACAGUUUAGAUAUAAUAAACUGAUAAACGGAUUGCGUUACGAUCUGUAAGUAAUGACCUAAAAUUGUGCCGGUGCGACGUUAAACCCAACAAAAUAAAAUAAAUCUGUAAGUAAGUAAGUAAGUAAGUAAGUAGGUAAAUUCUUUAUUUAAAGAGGGUAACCCAUUUAGCAAAGCUAAUCUUCCAUUUGGCCCUCUUACGACUAGAAUGAACGACUAGAAUGUACAGUAUUGUGAUCAUAGUAACAAAUAUUUAACAGAAAUCAAAGAAGAAAUUAUAUAUGCAUAAAAUAAAAGUAAAAAUAC